UUGGAGUCCAAAUUCUAGUAGAGCUGAUAGAUAUGGUGCUGGCGCAAAAAUGUUUCAGGCUUCAAGAGAUUGGUACAUUUGCUUAGAUGAUGGGAUCAACUGGUCUAGUUGGGUUAGAACAAAGGAAAUUCAUUCAUGGCAAAGUAAUCCAGCUGGUAUCAUAUGUGGUGUAAUUGGUUACGAUAUUCUUAACAAUAUUUAG